AUGGAUUGUAGCAAAGAUCGAAACAAUAACAAAUUUUUGCUAGCAGAAUCCAAAUGUUGGGAGCAAAAAAAUUGUCUUACAUGCACUGAUAAAACUGCGGCGUUCUUAACAAGUCUCAAUUCCCCAUCGACGCCAAUCGAUCGAUGCUAUUCCAGUUCAGUUCUUCAUUGUAAAAUUGCAAAGAAGCUUAAUCCGAAAGACUUUUGCAAUGUUUCAAUACUUAGUUCAAGUUGGAAGUCUUUGAAAGGUUCAAGUCACAAAACAAUAAAAAAUUAUUCUGAAAACUUCACGUUUUCUUUUAUGGUGACAUAG